AUGCUAAAGACGUAUAGUUCGAGCAUUCGUCAAGCCUCUUUUCGAGCUAUACUAAUUCUGUUAUGGCCUUGCCUGAUUUUCGCCUUGACGGCGCAGCAAGUGAUUACAGGCGAGGUGGUGGCUGGCAAUUAUUCAUAUUUUCGAAUCACGAAGGAAGGCUCCCUCGCUCUAAUAUUGUUUUCAUACGAAGGUGAUGUUGAUUUGUAUGUGUCCAGUUCUGUUUCCAGCCCUACAUAUGAAUUUGGAUGGCACGACUUCAAGUCAGCCAGCUGUGGUGUGGACCAUGUUGAAAUCGAGAGUCGUAUAAAGCGCCCUGUAUUCGUCGGCAUUUAUGGAUAUUCUCAAAAUGUGUUAAAUAGGUUCGUUCUCGUUGUGAGUCUGUUUGAUCCACACGAUGAACAUGUGUCCGAUAUGUGGGAUUGGGUGAACAGUUUGGAAUUUACUGGAGACUCUAAAACGGUUUUAGACCUGUUGCUCAAGAAAGACAAGACGUCACUGCAGUCGACGUUGUUAUACUUUGGCGAGAUGAUUGUUUCUUUUCUACUUUUUAUAUUGGAUGUUUUAGCUGAAAGUUUUGCCUGA